AAAACAAUUAGAAAAGUUUCAUUCCUGAUUUUCAUUUUCAGCAGUAUUUUUUCGGUAUGUCUGCUCAUCCUUAAUCGUUCUUAACCAUUUCCUGUUUGACCUAACUACUUAGUUGGUUAAGAAAAAUAUUCAAAGCAAAAAUAUCCUUCAACCGGAGGAUCAACGAGUGGAGACUCGUUCUGCUCAAUCAUUUCAUAAUGGAGAUGCCAGGGAACAUAAGAAACCCUAAUUUAUUCGGUAGCAUAAGUGCUGUAAACAGCUUGAAUGGAAGUAACAAUUUGGAGAAUCGUUUUUUAAAAAUGAAGAUGCUGGUGACUGCCGUUGAGCAGUACUUAGAAACGAGGAACGAUGAUCAACUUAACAUGAUCAAUCAAUAUCUGCAGGGGCUGAGUUUGAGUUUGGACUUGAGCCUGUACGAUCCGGACACAAACAUGGCAGGCAAUUUUUUUCUGAGUAUUUAUGAGCUCAUGAACAACUUGGAACCGAGAUCUCUGACAAGUUGGCACUGUGUGGAUGUGCUUUUAAAUUGCUGCAAAAACUCGGGGGCUCGAAAAGCUCUGAUGACCACCUACAAGUUCUUGCCAUGCCUUGCCAGGAUGAUGUGCGACCAAUUGCCCACCAAAAAGAAAGUCAGCUUGCUUAGACUGGUGCAAAACAUAACUUGCGGCAUCAAAAUUCAAUGGCAGAUUCCCCACAUAACACACUUGAUUACUAGUUUGUGCAAGUGGAUUGAAAGGCAGCAGCCGGAUCACGAAGUUCUGGAACUCUCCUUGGCUGUUCUGGUAAACCUGUGCUACAAGAACGUAUCCAGCGUGUACAUAUUACAACAUCAUACCGAUUUGAAAAAGUUCAUCAGGAUGUGUCUCUCAUUGAAGGGCAUGAUUGUUGAAUUGUACGUGUGUGAAAUGGCUCUGAUUCUGGAAGACAUUUCAGGAUAUAUUCCUGGCGUCUUGUUCCCUAAGCUCAUAGACAACACUUUCAUGGCCUGUAUAGAGACUUACAGGAAAAGGGACAAUCUCGUGUUUAAGCAAGUGAUUGAAUUCUUUAUGGUGUUUGCCAAGAAUAAUCCUGCAAUGACUUCCGCACUGGCUGCCUACGACAAGUAUGGUGAGCGCGUUGGCAGCAUUUUGGAACUAAUUGAACGAUCAAGUGACCAAAGCGACCAAGACCUGGAAUGUGUUGAGGCACUUCUAGAAUUCAUCGAUUUCUUGAUCGAAGCGAAAGUGCCUCAAAUAUCCAGCCUCUACGGCAGGAUAAUACCAUUGGCCUUAAACUGGAUGCAAGAAAUGACUACAUCUUACCGAGCUCUCUCCGUGCUUCGCGACAUCGCCAUUAAUGUGGAUCAAAACGAAAGCAAAAUCUUGGAAUUUCUCAUGGCCAGUUUGAGAAUGUUCAUGUUCACUCUAAAGUGCUGCCAAGAUGAAAAAAUGAUGGCCAGCACCGAUUUCAUAAAGCGACUAGGAGCGCUUUUGCAGUUGUUGACGGCAAUGAUUCAAGUUGAGUCGAUGCGUGAAAAGGUCAUGCAGGAAAUACAGCAGGAUGUGUUUCGAAGCAUCUUCGCUUCUUUGCUGGGGGACAGCUCGCCUCGCUCUGGAGACUCGCCUAGUUCCUGCAAAAUAGAAGCUGUAAAUUUGUACCUUUAUGCGCUGGCACUGCUAGCUAAGCUAGCUGAGCGCAGUAAUGAGUGGCUGGAUUAUUUAAAUGAACUGCUACAUGACAGGCAAAUCCAUGUUGUUAUUGCCCAAGCGAUUAGCCGCAGUCCACCUAAUGUGAAGCAAUUGGCGCUGGAACUUUCGUUGACCUGUUCGCGUAAAGUCUCAUUCGCUUUAGCUAAUCUACAGUCCUUCAUGUCAACAGGUAUAUUAGGCAAUUUUAUUCCUUCCGCCCAUCUGUGCAAGGUGGUUUUCUUUGCAGACACUUGUGGACAUCUCAACAUCUCUGCGGAUGUUGGCGUAGGCUUAAUACCAGUCGUACAAUCUGAGAGAUUGAAUAUUCUGCUGGAAAAUAUCGAGAAGGCAAUUGCAAGAAAUGAAAUCGACAACGUGGCAACCUCAGAGCUGAUGGAGUGUUACAAUUUUAAGAUUUCCUACCUUGCGCAAGCAGAAAGAGCGGCGCUUUCCAGUUUGGAAGCGUCUACUAAACACUGCACACAUUUGCAACACAGAAUAUCGCGUCUAACGCCCGAAAAUGCCAGACUUCAACAAUCCGAAUUGCACAUAACUCGAAAACUGGAAGAAGUAACGACAAAGGCCGAAGAUUUAGAGAAUAAAUUGCGAAAUUUUCGGAAUAAAUGCGAUGCUGAGAAAGGACGGUACAAAGUUCUACAUUCGCAGUUCUUGGAAAAAGACAAAGCUUUGGGCGAGUGUAGGGCGUCAUUAGCAGACGCUGAAAACCAACUGGCCAAGUUGCAGAGUGCACUUGACGACUUGGAGGAGACACGUAAAAAACAAGAAAAGCAAGAACAAUUGGCGAAAGAGCAGAUUACAAAGGCCGAAGAAAGUAACAAGAAUUUGGCAACGCAAAUUCAAGACUUGGAGAAGACUUUGAGGGAAAAGGAGAAAUUAUUAAAGGACACUAGAAUUGAUUUAGAGCUGAAAACGAACAUUAUUAAUAAUAUUACGAGAAUGGCUACAUCUUCUUUGGCGAGAUGAAGUAUUAGUAGUAGCAACUAGUUAGUUUGUUUCUAAAACUUACUGUAACUUACAUACCUAUUUUAAUGCUGCAAUAAAUUGAAGCUAGCAAAAG